CAAUGCCCCUUGAUGGAGCAGCAGAUACACUGAACACAGGAUGGCUUGACGGCCCCGGCUACAUCUGCCGCUUUCUCUGCCGCUUUCUAGCACAUUUUUGUGUAUGAGUUACCUCCGUACAGCUUUUUCAUCAGCAAAUGUAGGAGAGGGAGGCGGGAAAAAAACAAGCAAAACCACACAACAAGUGCAACUGUCUCCUCAAAUAUAUCGAAAGGUUUUUUUUUUUUUUUUUUCUUCCUUACCAACGGCUCUGCGACGCUGUGUUUGUUUGCAGGAACCAACUGCACCUUUUAUCCGGAAACUUCACCUUGGUUUAAUGAACAGAGUUAACCUGUGUACGUUGAAACUCAGAUAUUCACAGUAAGUGGUUUUAAGUUCUCAGCCCCCCCAAAAAAGUGGCUUUUUUACAACAACAAAAAAGGGGUUGUUAUUUUAACGCCAGUAGUGAAGGUGUAAUUACUUAACACUUUCAACAUGGCUGCUGCGGGAACGGCAGUGGGAAAAGUUUGACACUGACGUGGGAGAAGUUUUAUGCGAAAGCUAGUUUGGCUACAUGAGUUUGUUGGCCACAUAUUAAAGUCGUCGGGACUCUCCUCCAAAGCCUGGCACCGCUUUCCCCGGACUUACAAACCAGUGGAUGAACCGUGAGAGAGCCCCCUCCUCCUCCUCUGUAGUCACCGCCGACAGUCACUGCAGUGGACUUUGUGGGCAAACUGUGUGUGUGUCUUCUUCUCCAUCGUAAGCUCUCUGUGGUGGCGUCUGAGGACUUUGUCGUCGGGGGUUAGCAGGCUGUGUUUCGAGCUAAAAUAAAAAAGAAGAAAAUGCAUUUUUCCAUACCCGAAACGGAGGUUCGUUCGGGAGAAAAUGGAUCAACAUAUGUGGCCUACAACAUCCACGUCAAUGGCGUGCUGCACUGUCGGGUACGCUACAGUCAACUUCUCGGCCUCCAUGAACAGAUAAAGAAAGAAUAUGGCAGCAAUGUGGUGCCUGCGUUUCCUCCAAAGAAGAUCUUCACGCUGACUCCUGCUGAGGUCGAACAGAGACGAGAACAGCUGGAGAAAUACAUGCAGGCUGUGCGUCAGGAUCCCUUGCUCGGAGCCAGUGAGAUGUUCAACAGCUUCUUAAGAAAAGCACAGCAGGAGACGCAGCAGAUUCCCACAGAAGAAGUCGCUCUAGACAUCUGCCUCUCCAACGGUCAGAAGGUUACAGUCAACAUUCUGACCUCGGAUCAGACGGAGGAUGUCCUUGAUGCUGUUGCAACAAAGCUCGACCUUCCAGAUGACCUUGUUGGUUACUUCAGCCUCUUCCUCGUCCGUGAGGGUGUGGACGGAGGUUUAACAUUUGUGCGGAAGCUGCAGGAGUUUGAGCUGCCUUAUGUAUCCAUUACCAGCUUGCGGAGCUCUGAAUUUCACAUACUCCUACGGAAAAGUUACUGGGACAUGGCGUACGAUGCCGAUGUCAUGGACAACAGAGUCGGCCUGAAUUUGCUAUACGCCCAGACAGUGUCUGACAUUGAGCGAGGCUGGAUACUCGUCAACAAAGACCAGCACAGGCAGCUCAAAUCACUGCAGGAGAAAGGCUCCAAGAAAGAAUUCAUCCAUUUAGGUCAGACUCUAAAAUAUUACGGCUAUAUCAAGUUUGACCCUUGUAUCACCGACUUCCCCGAGAAGGGCUGCCAAGUCAUCGUCAGCGCCGGCAACAACGAGCUCAACUUCCACGUCAAGCUUCCCAACGAACAGAUGAAGGAAGGGAGCUUCAAGGUCACACGCAUGAGGUGUUGGCGAGUCACGUCUUCUCAAGUCCCAAUAGCCAACGGCACCACCAAUCCCUGCAGCUCCUCCAAAUGCGAGGUGAAACUGGAGCUGGCUUUUGAGUAUCUAAUGAGCAAGGAUCGCCUCCAGUGGGUCACCAUCACCAGUCAACAGGCCAUCAUGAUGAGCAUCUGCCUUCAGUCGAUGGUGGACGAGUUAAUGGUGAAGAAAUCAGGCGGCAGCAUAAAAAAGAUGCUGAGGAAACGACACAACGGCUCCAUCCACCGGCCAGACAGUCAGCAAGCUGUGAAAUCUCCCCCUCUACUGGAUUCCCCCGACCCGAACCGUGAACAAAUCGUCAAACUCUCAACCAAGCUGAGCUCCGUGUCCCUGCGAGGGAUCAGCGCCUCCAACUCGGCAAACGAUAUCAGCGGCAAUGAUUUCCAUGGCAACUAUGCUUUCGAGGGAAUCGGGGAUGAUGACCUGUAACCGCCGAAGCGCCCUCCUCCCUUUCUUCAUUCCACUGUCAACGACUGGGGACGACAAAGAUUACAAGCUGAGCUGAGCCGAGCGGACCACACAAUGGCGUCCGAUUCUGCAAGAUUGUAGCCUCUUCCUGGAGAAAUCGCUGCCUUAAGCUCUCAUUUAAUCUUUGGCGGUGUCCUUUUUUCUUUUAGACUCUAAAAGCUCAUCUUGAUUUGUGUUUUAGUUUAAAAUCAUAUUCAAUCGAAAGUUGUUUUUUUAAACGUGUGGCAACAUGCAGUGAAGAGCAGGUAAAGCCACAGGUACUCGAAUAGGGAAGCUGUUACUGUCCCUGCUUCAGUUUGAUUCACAGUAAAUGUGAAGCUCUACAAUGCAGUUAAAUUCUUGAGGUACAAAGUAAAUUAAUAUAUUAUAAACUACAUGAAAAAAAACUGCUAGAUCCUGGAUUCUUCCCUCGGUGGCUGCAUGUUCCUCCCUAAACCAGAGAGCCAAAUGUUUAGUUAGACCUGGCACUAGUGAUAAUACAGCAGAACUGAACUCGGGUAGUUCUGAAAAAAUGACCCAGAGUCGCCGUGAAUGUGUUGAAAUCCAUCUCAAAAGUGUAGAGUAUCCAGAGCAGCGGCUUAACUUAUGUCGAUGAUCAAUUUUUGGCUUGGCUAUAAACCAAAACGUCAUGUUUUUAUACUGUCAGUGAUCCUCCAUGUGUCGUUCUACUCGUGUGCCAAGCCGUCAGAUAUCUCGGCAAAGAAUACCAGUGGUGUUUUGAGCUCGCGUUUGAGGCACAGUCACUCAUACUGCCUUCAGAAAUAGUCUGAUGCCUUAAACUUUUACUUUUUAGCCUCGGUGGUUUGUCAUUUAAGCAGACAUUGGUUGGAACAACAAAAAAAACAAACGUCAGCGUCAGCCAGUGUUACCUAGAAUCUUGCAGAACUUGAUAGAUGGUUGAUUUGGCCGAGCUGCUUGCACUUGCUGAACUCAUCCUUUUGCACAGUAUUACAGGUGGAGAUGAAUGUUUGAGUGGAAGCUUGAGCAUGACUUUUAACAUUGUGUGGAGAUUUUUCUUUUUAUUCCAAGAGGCUCUGUAAAUCCAUCUUUUUUUUUUUAAAGCAAUUUUUUUAAAGGUUUCUCAUAAAUGCCAAAUUAUAGUUUACUAAAGCAUUUUGCACAAAAUAAACAUAAAAAUUAUGACAAUGUCACUUUUUAUAUUAUGUACAUGCAAUUAAGUAUUCUGAACAUUUACUAAUAACUUUAUCAUCAAUAGCUUAUUGUAAUCAAAUAGAUCAAAUGUAAUCUAAGCUGUAUAGAACAAAAAGUUUAAAUGGACUAACAUGUAUCAUUGUUUACAUAAUGUUUAGGGGACUUUAUUAGUUAAAAUGGAAAGUGUUUACAAAUUUUUGCAUCCGAUUCUCUUUGUCAGGCGAGCGAGUGUUGUUGUUGUGGGGGGUGGGGCGUUCUCCUGGGCUUCAGUUCAUUGUAAUUUGUAAUUUGUACGUACAUUGUGCCAAUCAUCUCAGAGGAUUUAGCUGAUAAGGUGCUUUGGUGGCUAAAUGAGAUCACAAUUGCUGGAGUGAACAAAGUUCAUGGAGGGCAGGCAACAAAAAAAACGAACAUAUCCCGCUGUUUUUAUAAGACGUGUCAUUCCAUUUUUUUAAAUCACUGUCAGCGUGUUUCAAAGCCUCUAAAUGUAAAUCAGUGCCAACCUAUCCAAACAGCUUUACUCUCACUGGUAGCCAGAACUGUAAACACAAUGUUCUCAAUAGAAAUGUCUUGUUAAUUCACUGCUGUGCUUCUUCUCGGUCUUCAGUUGCAUUAUGUGGGGACGUGGACGCCACUGUCAAUAUCGAGUACAUGGAAAGCUGCAAUGUUCCUGGAUGUUAAUAAACGUGUAGGUGCCAAAUUCCACUUCAAAGUGCAUUUAUCAUCAGCAUCAUCAUCAUCAGCAUCACUUUUACAGAAAAUGUCAUUGUAUCGACUCGAUUCAUUCCACCACCUUUCAUUUUGAUUUUAGUGGUAAGGUCAGUGACAACUGUCAUGAUGCUACAAUAAACUCUGAAAUUAGAUGAA